CCCCGGUCUCUUAGGUGAUGCGGCAGCCAAGAUGGCGCUGGCGGUGUGUGUGGCGGCCUGAACGUCAUGCUCCGGGCUCCCGGCGGAGUCAGUGGUGGCGGCGGCGGCUGCUGGAGCCUCAGCCGGGGUCUCAAGUCUCCCCCGGGUGUGAGCGCCCAGGCGCCCCUCCUCUGGCCGCCUGAGUCCGGUCAGAGUGGAGACGGCCCUGAAGAGAAGAGGCUGUAAGGAGCGGCGAGAGCGCGCGGCUCCCGGCGCCCUGGCACCAUGGCCGGGAUCAUCAAGAAGCAGAUCCUGAAGCACCUCUCCAGAUUUACCAAAAAUUUAUCUCCUGACAAGAUAAAUCUAAGUACCCUUAAAGGUGAAGGUGAAUUGAAAAAUUUGGAGUUGGAUGAAGAGGUACUCCAGAAUAUGUUGGAUUUACCCACAUGGCUGGCAAUCAACAAAGUUUUUUGUAAUAAAGCAUCCAUUAGGAUCCCAUGGACAAAACUGAAAACACAUCCUAUCUGUUUGUCUUUAGAUAAAGUAAUAAUGGAGAUGAGUACAUGUGAAGAACCUCGGGCCCCUAAUGGCCCAUCGCCAAUUGCAACUGCGUCAGGACAAAGUGAAUAUGGCUUUGCUGAAAAAGUAGUAGAGGGAAUUACCGUUUCUGUAAAUUCUAUUGUCAUCAGAAUUGGAGCAAAAGCUUUCAAUGCAUCUUUUGAACUUUCUCAGCUGCGGAUCUACAGUGUCAAUGCCAACUGGGCACAUGGAGAUUUAAGGUUUACUCGUAUUCAGGAUCCACAGAGAGGAGAAGUUCUGACAUUUAAAGAAAUAAAUUGGCAGAUGAUUCGGAUAGAGGCAGACGCUACCCAAAGUUCACAUCUUGAAAUUAUGAGUGCUCCUGUUCGAUUAAUAACCAACCAAUCAAAAAUCAGAGUCACGCUUAAAAGAAGAUUGAAGGACUGCAAUGUCGUAGCAACAAAGUUAGUUCUGAUAUUGGAUGACUUAUUAUGGGUUUUAACGGAUUCACAGUUGAAAGCUAUGGUACAGUAUGCAAAAUCUCUAAGUGAAGCCAUAGAAAAAUCAACAGAACAAAGGAAGAGUAUGGCUCCUGAACCCACACAGAGCUCCACAGUCACUGCUGCUACCCAGCAAGUGAAGACACCACAGACCUCAAAUGCUCCUGAUCUGAACGAUGCAAUUGUGAAACUAUUCAACGACUUCGAUGUGAAGGAAACCUCUCAUCACUUGGUGAUUUCUCAUCUGGAUCUACACAUAUGUGAUGAUAUUCAUGCAAAGGAAAAAGAGUCAAACAGACGUAUCACUGGAGGUGCUAUGCAACUCUCUUUUACAUACCUAACCAUAGAUUAUUAUCCUUAUCAUAAAGCAGGAGAUAGUUGUAAUCAUUGGAUGUAUUUUAGUGAUGCAACCAAAACGAAAACUGGAUGGGCCAAUGAGUUGUUGCAUGAAUUUGAGUGCAACGUGGAAAUGCUUAAGCAGGCUGUGAAGGAUCAUAAUGUAGGCUCACCUCCUAAAUCCCCGACACAUGCCUCUCCCCAGCACACACAAGCAGAGAAGGAGUCUGCUCUGAAAGGGACCUCCAGAGUGUCUACGGUGUUACCGCAACAAUCAAAAGCUAAGCUGAUGUCGAGUUCUGUUGUGGUUAGGCUUGCAGAUUUCAAUAUAUACCAGGUCUCUACAGCAGAACAAUGUCACUCUUCCCCCAAAAGUAUGAUUUCCUGCAAUAAAAAAUCACUGUAUCUUCCACAAGAAAUGUCAGCUGUCUAUAUAGAAUUCACAGAAUAUUACUAUCCUGAUGGAAAGGAUUUUCCAAUUCCAUCUCCCAACCUUUAUGGCCAGCUGAAUGCACUACAGUUUACUGUGGAUGAAAGAAGCAUUCUGUGGUUAAAUCAGUUUCUGUUGGAUUUAAAACAGAGUCUUAAUCAGUUUAUGACUGUGUACAAGUUGAACGACAAUUCAAAAUCUGACGAGCAUGUUGAUAUUCGAGUUGAUGGCUUAAUGUUAAAGUUUGUCGUUCCUUCUGAAAUGAAAUCUCAGUGCCACCAAGAUCAACCUUGUGCUAUUUCCAUUCAGAGUUCUGAAAUGAUUGCUACUAACACAAGGCACUGUCCAAACUGUCGACAUUCUGAUCUAGAAGCUUUGUUUCAAGACUUCAAAGAUUGUGAUUUUUUUAGUAAAGCAUACACUGGCUUCCCUAAAUCUUGUGACAGCUUUAAUCUUCUACAUCCAAUCUUUCAGAGGCAUGCUCAUGAACAAGAUACCAAAAUGCACGAAGUUUACAAAGGAAAUAUUACCCCAAAAUUGAAUAAACACACUCUUAAGACUUCUGCUGCCAUGGAUGUUUGGGCUGUGUACUUUUCUCAAUUUUGGAUAGAUUACGAAGGGAUGAAAAGUGGAAGAGGACGACCAGUAAGUUUUGUAGACUCUUUCCCUCUAUCUAUCUGGAUUUGUCAGCCGACCAGAUACACAGAGUCACAAAAAGAUCUGCAGACUUGUAACCAGGUACCUAUGAAUACAUCACAGAGUGAAUCUAGUGACCUGGCUGGCCGGCUGAAGCGAAAGAAGCUCUUAAAGGAGUUUUACAGCACAGAAUCUGAGCCUGUGACAGGUGGUGGCCAAAAGCCUUCAUCCGAUACAUCGUUGAAAAUUUCCCCUUCAUCAUCAGAUGCAGACAUUCAUGUUCUGGUCCAUGUUCAAAAACAUGUUAGUAUGCAGAUCAAUCACUACCAGUAUCUGCUCCUACUUUUCCUGCAUGAGUCACUUAUUCUAUUUACGGAUAACUUAAGGAAAGAUGUAGAAGCUGUGACUGGCAGUCCUGCUACUCAGACAUCCAUUUGCAUUGGAAUUUUACUUAGAAGUGCAGAGCUGGCUCUUUUGCUGCAUCCAGUGGAUCAGACAAAGUCUCCUGUUUCAGAUAGUGUGAGCCCAGUGGUUCCUGAGGAUUUGCCACCAGAAAAUGGAGAAUUUUUGUCUUCUAAAAGAAAACAAGUUAGUAGUGGUAUAAAUCCAGUUAGAAGCAUAGCUGUUAAUCAUAUGUCAGACAACAGAUCUAUGAGUGUUGACCUUACCCAUGUUCCUUUAAAGGACCCUUUGCUUUUUAAAUCAGCUAGUGACACAAAUCUGCAAAAAGGUACUUUUCUGGACUAUUUAUCAGAUAAGCAUUUAGGGAAAAUAAGUGAAGAUGAAAGUAGUGGGCUUGUUUACAAAGGUGGCUCAGGAGAAAUUGGAUCAGAAAUAAAUGACAGAAAAGAUUCAUCUUAUACAGAUUCAAAUCGUGUCGUAAACUGCCAGGAAGACUUGAAUAGGCUGUCACUGGAUAACGAUGAUCAUCAAAACACACUUUCAAAUAGUUUAGGUAGUAAAGGAAGUGAAACCACAGAGUCAAACAGUAAGCCUGAAGAUUUGCUUCUAGAUGCAGCUUCAUCCCCUGACAACCUGGAAAUCAGUAAGGAAGAGACAUCUGCAGUUAAAACACUUAAAUCACAGUCGUCUUUAAGUGGGAAGCCUAAGGAACGUUGCCCAUCCAACCUGCCUCCUCUCAGUGUUUCUCAUAAGAACAUGAAGAGAAGCUCCUCCCAAAUCUCGUUGGAUACUAUCUCCCUUGACAGCAUGAUAUUGGAAGAGCAGCUGUUGGAAAGUGAUGGAAGUGAUAGUCAUGUGUUUUUGGAAAAAGAAAUUAAAAAGAACUCUACUACCAAUUACCAGAGCCCAGCAGAGAAUGUAAGCACCAGUGCAAAUCUGCAGAAAUACGGUGAAUCCUCUCCAGAUGCCAUUAGUACGAAUUCAGAGGGCGCGCAAGAAAACCAUGAUGACCUGAUGUCAGUUGUGGUGUUUAAAAUUACUGGUGUUAAUGGGGAAAUUGAUAUCCGAGGAGAAGAUACAGAAAUCUGUCUUCAGGUGAACCAGGUGACGCCAGAUCAAUUAGGCAAUAUCAGUCUUCGGCAUUACCUUUGUAAUCGUCCAUUAGGUUCUGAUCGGAAAUCUGUAAUUCAUUCCAAAUCUUCUCCUGAGAUUUCACUGAGGUUUGAAAGUGGGCCUAGUGCUGUAAUACACUCUUUGCUUGCAGAAAAAAAUGGAUUUCUACAAUGCCAUAUAGAAAACUUUAGCACUGAGUUUCUUACGUCUUCUCUUAUGAAUAUUCAGCACUUUUUGGAAGAUGAAACUGUUGCAACAGUAAUGCCAAUGAAGAUACAAAUUUCUAACACAAAAAUAAAUUUAAAAGAUGACAGUCCUCGGAGCAGCACAGUAUCCCUUGAGCCAACUCCUGUAACUCUGCAUAUUGAUUGUCUUGUAGUGGAAAGAAAUGAUGAUGGCUCUUUUCAUAUCAGAGAUUCUCAUGUGCUGAACACUGAAAAUGAUUUGAGAGGAAAUGUCAGCAGUGACUCUGCGCUGCCAGCCAGUAACAAGGGUGGUCAGAAGCAGCAGCACAGUGUCACACAGGCCACUCAGACCGUCGCAGAGGCCCUGUGGCCUUCGCAGUCAGCGAACUUGCCCGAGUGCUCCUUUGUCCUUACGAGGGAACAGCUCAUGGAAGAGAAUGAAUCUCUUAAGCAGGAACUGGCUAAAGCUAAAAUGGCUCUUGCAGAGGCUCACUUAGAAAAAGAUGCGCUUCUUCAUCAGAUAAAGAAGAUGACAGGAAGCCUCUAGCGAGGCAGAAACAUCAUGUGGAAAAGCUGCUCACCUCGUGGUGCACAGGAAGCAGAUAAAGGAAGAGAGCCAGGUACCAGUUUACUCCCCAAGGUCACGCCCUCAUGAUCCACUGCCUUCAGCGAGGCCCUACCACCUGCUUCCAGCACCUCCUGUUAAUCCCAUCAAAGUAUGAUGUCAUCAGUGGGUUAACCCACUGGUGCAAGUAGAGCCCUCAGCAUGCAGUGACCUUCUGAGGGCCCCACCUCUGAAUGCAUCAGACUUUAGAUUCAUUUUUAAGACCUAAACCAUAACAACUACUAGAUAAAUUGAGUUGCCUAGGAGUGUCUGUAUUUACUCUUCCAGUAUUCCUCCAAUUAUUGUUUAAAUGCUUCUCCUGUUGCUACAGACCUCUAACACUCAAGCCAGUGACUGCAUAUUUCACUGUUGAAGAUGAAAGUAAUCAAGAAAAUUUUUGUGUGAACAUAUGCCCACACACAGCUCCCAGAAAAGCCUUGCUGCCCAUUUGCAAGGAGCAUGCUUGGCUGAUAGUCCCCGGCUACUAAUGCCGCCAGGGUUUGGGCGAAGGCCACAAGCCUGUCCGGUGGACCCCAGUCAAGGCAGCGAGCAGGAGCCUGUCAUUUCCGUCCAGCAGGACUCCUCCAGUGGGCAGUCGUGUUGGGGCAUCGUCAUGGGCAUCUGGGGGCUGAUGGCUCCCCAGACCUGUUUUCCCCCACAGACGUUAAUCCCCUGUUGACAUUUUAACUUUCUCAUUCUGUCUCAUUGUCUGCUUCCUGAAAACCUACUGUGCAAAUACCUCAUCCUCUCUCUGUCCAUCUAUCAGGCUGUUCCUCACUUACACUGACUGGCCUCAGGGGAUGAUAUGGGCUGCCCAGAACCUUUUCUUGUGUAUACCUUUAAGCCAUUCUAGGAUUUUCCCUCUGAAAUCGUUCCCUUUCCCUCUUCCAUCAGUAACUUUCUAUAGAAUUGUUUUUGCUAACACACAAACAUGUAAAAUCUCUCUUUCUAAAAAAAAAACCCAAAAUGGGCAAAAUACUUUCCUUGAUCUUUCAUUCCCCUUCAUAUUGUAUUUCUUACUCCUCUCCAUAGAAAAACUCUUAAGAAUACUAUGUUUCCUUUUCCUUUCUCAUUUUGUCCUGAACCUAGUCUGCUUAGGCGUUUGUUCCUGACAGCAGACAAAUUGAAACUAAAUGUGUCGGGGCUGGGGAUUUAGCUCAGCAGCAUAAGCACCUGCCUUGCAAGCAGACAGUCGUGAGUUCAAUCCCCGGUACCAAUAAAAAAAAAAAAAAAGAAAGAAAGAAACUACACGUGUCCAGUCUCUCUUUGUUUCUGUUUUUGGUCCUAUGUAUCUUUCAUUUAUUUUUAUCACCAUUUAUCUUUCAGGGUCUGCCCUCUCCCAUGUCUUUUGCCACUCAUUUCAAUGGCUUCCCCUUUCAGACUUUUUUACUAAAUCCUUUAGAAUGUCCCCCAGAAGUCUCAUGUGUUCAGAGCUGAGACUUGGAAGGUGUUUAGAUUGUGGGCCGUAACACUGAUUAGUGGAUUAACCCACUGAUGAGUGCGGAGCUGAAUGUGCUGUUGGAGGUGGAGUCUGCUCAGAAGAGGUGGGUCACUGGGAACAUGGCCCCGAAAGAUACAUUCUUGACUGAGGCCCCUCCUUUCUUUCUGCUUCCUGGCUUCCUUGAAUGAGCCGCUUUCCUCUGCCAUGCUGUUUCUGUCUUGGAGAGAGCCAACCAUGGACUGCACUCUGUGUAACCAUGAGCUAACAUACACCUCUCUCCUCCAGUUGUGGGGUCAGGUAUUUUCUCUCAGUGAUGGCAAAGUAACUAAUACUCUUCCAUGUGGGCCUGGGGUUCCUCUCUGUCCAUGCUCGGGUCCUUGUUGAUCUCUUCUGGUCUUCAUGGAUGUAAAUACUACAGAUGCAUUGACUAUACCCAAGUUCAUAUUCUGGCCCUGGCUUCUUCCCUAACUUUUAAAUUCAUAUAUUCAACUGCUUGAGUAUUUCAGUUUGUGCUCUGUGUUAGUAGCUCUGCCACAGAAAGCAGAGGGCAUCAAUUUUGAUCCUGUGAGAUGAGUCCAUUUCUUUAAGAUGUUCGGUUUUUAAGUGUUGGAUUAUAUAUAAUAUUAGGUAAUUUUGUGCAGUUUCUCUCUCUCUCUCUUACUUCAUGUACUUACUUUCUUUUUGUUAUGUGAUUUGCCAGAGACAGGUUUGAGGUUGGCUUGCUUUUUGUAAAGAUAUUUACUGGAUACUUAGAAUAAUUUAGAAUCUUAUUUUAGCUAUUUUCAGAUAUGUAAUUUAAGUAAUUUAGUGUGAUGAAAAAACAAUUUUAUCUUCUGAUCAUUUGAAAAGAUGUUGAUAAACUAUAUGCUUCAUCUCUACUAUAAUUUUCCCAGCUUUCAAUACCAUGCUUAUUAGCAUUUAGUUUCUGGAAUCCAUUUUUCAUGUUUUGAAAAUGGAAACAUCUGUGCUUCGUCAGUCUUCUGGCAACUCUUGUGUUCCUCUCCAUGUCUCAAAGCUGCUGACAGUGGUUCCCAGUUACAGCGCUCAGUGUUAUGUUUUAUACUCAUGGAUGUAAUUAACUGCUGGCUGAAGAUGUGAACCAGAUUUAGGGAACUAGGUGUGUUCUUGCUGUGCUUCAACUGCUUCAUAAUAAUGCUUAUUUAGCCCUCUUAAAUUUGAAAAUUAUCUUUCUAGAUGAACGUAAGUGAUGCAGCUCUUAUGAACAAUUUAUCCCCUCAAGCAGCAGGUCUUUCUCUUCUAAUAUUUUUUUAGAUCUAAUAAAAUUUCAAAAUCAUUUAUCACUUUUUAAAGCUAUGUGGUAAGAAUAUAUUAUAUAGAGAGAUUGUCUUUAUUUGGGUGAUAAGUUGUAUGCUUCACUGGAAGAUGUUGAACAUAUUUUUCUCUACUUCUUACCUUUUGCUGGAGGAUUAAAAAUGAAAGGGUUCAUAAACAUAGACAUAUAAAUCAUUGAACAGACCUGAGAACCUAGAAAUGAAUUCAUAUUCAUGCGAUCAAUUGAUUUUCAUUAAAGGUGCCAGAGAAAUUCAAUGGGAAAAGAAUGGUUUUUCAAAAAGUCAUUUUAAAAUGCCUCGCUGUCUACAUGGAAAUGAAAUGAACUUUGAUUUCCUCAUGUCAUAUAUCAAAGUUAAUUUAAAGUAGAUCACGGGCCUAAAUUUCAGGCCAAAAUUAGUAUGUAGUGUAGAAAAAAAAGUUGGUAAUCUUGGGAUAAAACACAGAAAGCAUGAACCAUACGUGAAAAAAUAUACUUCAAAAAAUUAGUCUUCUGUUUGUUUAAAACAUUAAAGAGAAAUGACAAGGCAAACUACAGCUUAGGAGAAAAUAUGUGCAGACAUUAUCUGAGAAAACAUUUGUAUCCAGUUCUCAUUAAGAACUUUUACACUUAAUGAUCGGAUACGCAAUUUUAAAAAACAGGCAAAUGUUUCAUAUAAACUCUUAAUAGAAAGAUGUUCGACUCUAUUGGAGGUACAUGGUGGCAGAGGCCUGUAACCCCAGCACGCUGGGACAUUGCGGCAGGAGGCUGGUAAGUUGAAGCCCAGCCUGGGCAGUGUAGAAACUUAGCAAGCCCUUGUUUCAAAAUAAAAAAAUAAAAAGGGUUAGGAAUGUAGCACAGUGUGAAGGCCCAGGGUUCAAUCCCCAGUACCAAAAAACAAAGUCAAAAACAAAAUAAACCACCAAAAAUGCCAAAUACUGAUGACAGUGAAGCCCAGUUCAACUCUCUGGAAACUCAGAGCGCUACAACCAUUGGAAAACAAUUUGGCAGUAUCAUAAAAAUGGAAACUAAAGGUACCAUAGGACUCAGCAGCCCACUCCUAGAUGUAUAGCUAAGAGAACUGAAAGUACAUGGCCAAGCAGAUGUGGUGGCUCAUGCCUGUAAUCCCAGCACUUUGGGAAGCUGAGGCAGGAAGAUCACAAAUUUGAGCCGAACCUGGGCAACCUAGCAAGACCCUAUUUCAAUGUAAAUAUUUUUAAAAGGCUGGGGUUGUAGCUCAGUGCAAAGGCUUUGGGUUCAAUCCCCAGUACUGAGUUAAGGUACUAAAGAAACUAAAGAAAAAAAGAAAGAAAAUUUAUGUGCAGACAAAGAUUUCACAUAAAUGUCUCUGGCAACAUUAUUCAUAAUAGUUGAACAACAGAAACGACUUAAAUACCCAUCCAGUGCUAAAGAUAUAAACAAAACAUGGUAUAUGUAUUUAGCAAAAUACAAACUCAGAACAAAAUAAUAUGCCCAUGUCCAGAGCAACCUACGUGCAUCUCAGAAACUUCACGGUAGGUAGGGAAAUAAAUCAGAUACAAAAGACAGAUGAGUAAGAAUGUGCAAUUCUGCUCUUGAUCUUAGCCCAAAGGCCCAGAAGCAAUUGGAUGUAUAAUUCUGAAGAAGCCAAAAGAAUGAACCAAGAUGGGGUCAGGGCCUGCCCUGCAGCUGUAGGUAGAAGGAUGGAGAUGGCUGGGCUGUGGGGGGCGUAAAGGGAGUCUGGGGGACCAGUUAAAGAGCUAUGUAGGUCAUCGCCGGUGGUGGUUGCACAAGUGUAUGCAGCUUAAGCUGGGUGGACUUUACGGUAUAUAUGUUAUGCUUUGGUCAUGGUCUGAAGAGUGUGUGCAUUAAAUCUCAGAGUGAUUUCUGUGCCAAAAAAGCAAGAACUACUGUUCAGCAAAUAAAUUGUCCCUGGUGAGCAUCAAUUUAAAAUGCUUAAGCUCCUUUUCUUCGAAAUAUAAUUGUCUUUGCUUAUUAUAGCUAUUGCAUGUGAAAAAUACAUAUCAUUGUAAAUUUCAUAGUCAUUAUGAUUUAAAUAAUAGAAUGAAUUGUGAGAUUGUUAAUAGUUUCCUGCAAAUCUCUAUUAGUCAGUUUAAUUGUCCAUUAAUCUCCUGUGUCUAACAAAUUCAGGAAAAUGAAAAUAGUCAAAAAGCUUAUUUGCAUAGCUGAUACUUGAAAUUACAAGGUAUAUUAAACUGGGCAUAUGCCACAUGCCUGUAACCCCAGCAUUCUGGGAGGAUGAGACAAGAGGAUUAUAAAUUCAAGCCUGGUGUGAGCAAUUUAGUGAUCUUGGGAGACCCUGUCGCAGAAUGAAAAAAUAGAAAAGGACUGGGGUGUAUCUCAGUGUGGAGGCCCUGGGUUCAAUUUCUAAUACCACUGGCUAAGUAAAAACACAUAAAAUAUGUAGGCAUACUUUUUUAACAUAAAUGCUGGUGCUGGUCAUGUAACUGUAAAUAAUGUAGCAUAUUAUUUGCCAGAAAGCAAUGUCUACCGAGAAUAAUAAAUCCUAAGUAAAUUAAUCCAUGCUGAGCUAUUAAUUGUUUUUCAUCAUUGUUGCUACCACUACUGUUUUCAUCACUGUCCACUCUCAGAAGAAGAGUAAUUUUUAAAUUUCUUAUCCUGGAUUGAAAUUUUGAAUCAUGCAGCUUUAGGAGCAAUGCAAAAGAUGGUACUUCUGUCAACAAAGAAACGGGCACAUUGCCAGCAAACGACACACUUCCCAGAGAGGCUUCUGGGAAGAGUUCAUCGCAGGGGCGGUGGCUAAAAGGAAAGCAGUGGCCCCUGAGAGUUAGAGCAAGGGCUGCGGUGCGCCCACCUCAGCGGUAGAGCACCUGCCUCGCCCUGGGCUUGGUCCCCAGCACCACAGCAUGGAGGAAGAUGGAACCAACUUCCGGGGCUGUUUCAGCUAAAUACAAUGUGUAACUUCAGGUAAACCUUACUCUCAGAAUGCCAUUUAUUCUGUGAAUGUGCUUCGGAAUGAAGUCAUUUGCCUCUUUGAUUAAAUGUAAAGCAAGAUAAAAGAAUUAGGGAAAAUGCAGUAGAUCUCUUUGACCCUGUGAGAGGGUGCCUCUUUCUAGGUCUUUAUGUGAAAACAUUAGUGCUGUCAAUGGACUCGUGUCCCCUGCCGCUAGAAUCUGGUCUGGCUGUAUUUAGAGAUCCAGAUAAGGGUGGUAGAGAUCACCAGGCCCCCAGCUGAGCUCUGCAGUUGCAGGUGGCCUGCUGCAGCCUGGUAUUUUGUUACUGCAGCCUGAGCUGACACAGGGAGUUAAUGCAUGUGGAGCAUGAUGGACUACAGCAAACUAAACUUACUAAGAACGUGUGUUCUGUCAAAAAAUUAGACCCCCCCCCCAAUAAAAGACCCAAUCCAAAAAGGAAAGCGGAAUGGACACUCCACACAAGUCCCAAAGACCUCUAAAUACCUGAAGAAGUGCUCACCAUUGCCAACCUCUGGAGAAAAGCAAGUUAAAACAACACAGAGAUUUUACCUCACCGCUGAAAGAAUGGCUGUGCUCAAGUAAUGAAAUGACACAUGCUAGCGAGGAUGUGGGAGAGAGGAUGCUUCUGCACUGCUGGUGGGAAUGCAAAGCUCCGCAACUGCUGUGGAAAUCAGAAUGCAGAUUCCUCAAAAAGUAAACAUAGAAAUUCCAUUUGACCCAUUACUCACCUCCUCGGAGUCCUCCCAAAGGAUUGAAAGACAUCGUUUUACAGCACUCCGUUAUAGCACUCCGUGCACACUCGUUAGCAGCUCGCUUCAUAGUAGUUAACCAUAGCCCUAACCGUAACCCUGCAUCUUGGAGGCAGCCUGUAUCAACAGAGGAGUGGAUAAGCACUGCUGUGUCCUAAAGAAAUAAGCUUGAGUCAUUCAUAGAAAAGGGAUGCCCCGCCGAACUGUAACACGAGGUAAAAUAAAUCAGACACGUGGGCUUCGUUAUCACAGGGUUUUUCUUACGUGAGAAACCUAAAUUAUAAACAAGUGAAAUGAAAGGUAAUUGGAAACAGGGAGAUAGAACUUUAUCAAAGGGGAAGGGGAUGAAGAGGCGUCCAUGUGCCAGCUCCGCACAGGAAUGUAAACAGUCGCUACUGCAAACGUGGACUGCUUCUACUACUACUACUACUAGUACUAAUUAAAAGAAUGUAUGUAUGUUCUAAGCCUGGUGUGUGCCGCCUACUGUAGCUGUAAUCCUAGCUACUCAAGUGGCUAGGCAGGAAGAUCCCUUGAGCUCAAGAAUAUAUGUCUGAUUACCUUUUGGCUCAGUUAACUCUUCCUUGUAAAACGCCACUCAGGCUUGAUUUUUGUGUUUUGAGACAGGAUCUCCUUGUAACACAGGCUGACCUCAAACUCACGGUGAUGCUCCUGCCUCAGCUUCCAAGUGCUGGGAUUAUAGUUGUGCAUCACACUGCCCGGCUCCCUAUUUAGUCAAACAUGUGGUAUAGAGUUCAGAGCUUCUAGUCUCUAAGAGCAGGCCAUGAAAGCAAAGGAUGGUUAGUUAAAUCAUGAAUAUUUAUCUAAAGUAGUACAGUACUGAUGGCACUUCAGAACUUGCUCUGAAGGAUCAGUUUCUGUGACCAUCCUGCUGUUUUAAGUGGUUUUGAGGCGUGAGUGUGAAGCUCAGAAUGUAAGCUCAGGUUGUUGUCUUUCUAUCACGCAGCUGAAUUUCCAGUUGAGAUUUCAUUCUGCAGGGAAGGCAGGAAUCUACUCACUCGCUUUAGGGCUUUUCAACCCUCUGCAUUUUACCAGUACGCAUGUUGCUUUGGGUUUAUGGCUUAACUCCUGGGGCCAUUUAACUCCUAAAACUUCCUGUUCGUGGUGGCGUCUGGUCCUCAUUGGUCACAGAGACUUUCCUGGCGGAGUGCACAGCUGUGCUUGUCCAAAUCUCAGGUGCAAGAACGUCAUAGCACUGCUUUCAUGCAUGUUCCCUGACCAACAUGAAUGUUCUGAGUGGUCAAAAACCCCACUUGCCUAACAGCCAAAUGAUUUAAAAGUCACUUCUCCAGAGUCUUCCUGUCUCCCUGGGACAAGGCUGCAGGUCUGCUCUGCUCCUGGAUGUCCGCAAACCCGUUUGAGGGCUUUGCCACGCUUGCCCUCUGUCGUUGAGGUGCAGGGCACAGAAAAGCCCUCUUUGAUGCUUAUUUUUGAUACAAGUGCUUUAUAAGUAUGGGUCCUACCUCACCAAUUUAAUGCUUGAAAACUGUAUGGCUCCAGGGAGGAGUGGGCAGUGAUGGAGGUAGAAUAGGUUAGGAUUGGUGGAAAUAAUAAGGUCUGAAGUGUGCUUUAUCACUAAACAGUUCUUUGAUAAACCAGUUGUUUUUCCAGGUAAGCAAUAUCUUCCCCUGUUAAGUUUUGAAAGGGUAAAAUCAUCAUUCCUCAGCAUUUGUAAAAUUAGUAUGUAUAAAGGUUUUAAGUCAUUGGGGUUUUUUUGGAUUUGUUUGUUUGGUUUUUUUUUUUUUUUUUUUUUUUUUUUUUUUUUUAAGACAGGGUCUCCUAUGCAGUUCGGGCUGGCCUUGAGCUCACUUUGUAGCUCAGGUUGGUCUCAAAAAUGCAACAAUCCUCCUGCCUCAGCCUCCCGAGUGCUGGGAUUACAGGUAUGUGCCACCAUGCCCAGCUAAAGUCAUUGUUAAUGACGGUUAUAGAUGUUGAAUAGUUCAAAGAAAAAUCUAAAGAGCAGAUCCAUUUAUAGUUCAAAAUACUUUCUUUUUCUGUGUUUGUGUGUGUAUGCCUGUGUAUGCUACUGAGGACUGAGCUCAUGUCCUUGAACAUGCUAGGCAAGCUCUCUACCACUGAACAACACCUCCAGCCCCUUAUGUCUCUAUUUUUAAUUAAUAUCAUAAUUAUGCCCCAUGUUUAGGGAGUACACUAUAACAUUUCAGUAUGUGUAAAUGAUGUGUUAUAAUCCAGUCAAGUCAAUUAGCAUAGCCAUCACCCCAGGCAUUUGUCAUUUUGUGUGUGUUGGGAGCCCUUGAAAUCCUCUUGAGUAGCAAUUUUGAAAUAUUCAGUUCCUUGCUGUCAACUAUAGUCAUCCUAUUGUGCUGUAGGACAUUUUUUUUCCUGAGCCAGGUGUAGUAGCCAUUGCCUGUAAUCCCAGCACUCAAGAAGCUGAGGCAGGAGGACUGCUGUGAGUUCACGGCUAGCUUGAAUUACAAAGUGAGACCCUGUCUAAAAAAAGGGUGGGGGCCUUGACUCAGUGCUAGAGCUCUUGCCUUGCAUGUACAAGGACCUGGGUUUGACCUCCCACAUCACAAAAUAAAAAGUCAAAAAAAAGAUGGAAGUAUGCA